CUGCCGCCUGUGUACCGCGCCUUGUCACAGUCUUAGGACUUCCGACUUGCUGCAACUUUGUCUUAUAUGUGAGAGACAACCCGCGGAUUUGUCUUAGUUUCUUUUUAUUUCAGUUGAUCCAGUGGAAAGGAAAGAAAACCUCGAGACCGAAAUGGAACCGUCAUCGUCGUCUGAGACAAAGCGAACAAUCUUGGAAUUGAGAGAAAAAAGGGAUUCCCUUGAAAAAGUGAUGAAAGAAAUGAGCGAAAUACUUGCCGAGCAAAAUGUAGGAAUGGAAGACCCUCUUGUAGAUACAGAAGGCUAUCCACGUGCAGACAUUGACGUUUAUAACGUAAGGAAAGCCCGCCGAACUAUCAUAAUGACAAGAAAUGAUCUUAUUCAUAUUAAUGAAAGGCUCAAGGAGUUAUUAGAAAAACUGAUGCCAUCAUACCCAGACGGUGAGCGUGAUUGGGGUGUUUAUCCUCCAGUGAAGACAGACGAGUGUUCAAAACAGUUGGCAGUUAUUAAAGACGUGCAAAAAGGAUCACCAGUUGAACUAAGCGGCUUAAUGGAAGGAGACAUUAUAAUGCAAUUUGGCACAGUGACAUCGCUUAAUUUCAAGUCAAUUGAAGAUAUAGCACAAGAAGUCAAUACAAAUAUUGAUUUAUAUAUAAAAGUGCUUGUUAUGAGAGGCAACAAUUUAAAACGAGUCAAUGUAAGACCAAAAAUAUGGACGGGAAAGGGGUUGUUGGGUUGUAAAAUUGUUCCAUAUUCAUAAUCUAAUCUGUAAGGAAUGUCAAAUUAAUCUAAUUUGUAAGGAAGGUCAAAUCAAUAACUGUGAUCUAUAACUAAAUAAAGGCAAAUUUCUAAAAUAAA